CUCGCUGCCGGAAGAGAAAAGCAAAACAAGCUCUUCCUUCGAAACUGGUCCAAAGCCGAGCGAGAAGCCAGAUGCGGAGCAAGCUGAGCUGGAUCCAGAGCAGAAGCGGAGCCGUGCCCGGGAGCGGAGCCGUGCCCGGGAGCGCCGGCGAGAAGGACGAUCCAAGACUUUUGACUGGGCCGAAUUUCGCCCCAUCCAGCAAGCCCUGGCGCAGGAGCGUGCGAACGCUGCAGACUCCUCCAAGAGCGGCUCUGCCGCCUUCUCUAGGGACACCGGGGCCACCGAUACCGACUCGGGAGAGCUGGAGCGGGAGCGGGCCCGGCGACGGGAGGAACGGCGCAAACGCUUCGAGAUGAUCGAUGCCGUGGACGGGACAGGGUCGGAAGAGUCGCUGAGGAUGGAGGUGGAUCGAAUCUUGCCCGUCCCGACGGACAUCAAACCGCAGAAUGUCCAUGUGGAGAUCGAGCAGCGCUGGCACCAGGUGGAGACCACCCCGCUGCGGGAGGAGAAGCAGAUCCCCAUCACGCCCCUCCACCUUGCCCACACCGAGGACCGGGACGAGGGGCUGGCGGAGCAGCACUUGACCACGCUGCUGGAGAAGGAGCUGGAGCAGAAGCAGAAGGAGGCCCUGGAGCUCCUGGAGCAGAACCGGCACCUGCAGGACCAGCUGAAAGUGGCACUGGGCCGGGAGCAGAGCGCCCGCGAGGGCUACGUGUUGCAGGCAACAUGUGAAAGGGGUUUUGCAGCUAUGGAGGAGACACACCAGAAGAAGAUUGAAGACCUGCAGCGGCAGCACCAGCGGGAGCUGGAGAAGCUGCGGGGGGAGAAAGACCGCCUGCUGGCAGAAGAAACGGCUGCCACCAUUUCAGCCAUCGAAGCCAUGAAGAACGCACACCGGGAGGAGCUGGAGCGAGAGCUGGAGAAGUCCCAGCGCUCGCAGAUCAGCAGCGUCAAUGCCGACAUCGAGGCGCUCCGAAGGCAAUACCUGGAGGAGCUGCAGUCGGUGCAACGGGAGCUGGAGGUGCUUUCGGAGCAGUAUUCGCAGAAGUGUUUGGAGAACGCUCACCUGGCGCAGGCGCUGGAGGCUGAGAGGCAGGCCCCCGUCCUGCUGCGGGUCAAAGAGUCGGAAAUCCAGUACCUGAAGCAGGAGAUCAGCUCCCUCAAAGACGAGCUGCAGACAGCACUGAGGGAUAAGAAAUACGCCAGCGACAAAUACAAAGACAUCUACACGGAGCUGAGCAUCGUGAAGGCCAAGGCAGACUGUGAUAUCAGCAGGUUGAAAGAGCAGCUGAAAGCAGCCACAGAAGCUCAGGGAGAGAAAUCCCCUGUGAACACCACUGUAUCGGGAUAUGAUAUUAUGAAAUCAAAAAGCAACCCUGAUUUCUUGAAGAAAGACAGAUCCAGUGUUAGCCGGCAACUAAGGAAUAUCAGGUCAAAGUCCGUUAUUGAGCAGGUCUCAUGGGAUAACUGA